UUGACACAGCAGUAUCACUUCUGACUCCUGAUAUCAAGCCUACACUGCAGCAGCUGAAGAUUAUAAGAAGAUACAACGAAAUUGGAAAUUGGAAUUUAGACGAGGGCGUUACAUAUCAUUACUUUAUAUUAGCAUUUUCAGCAGGUUGUUUUAAAUACGUUAGCAGCUCACUGAGCAGUAGAUGAAGAUCUGUCGAGCACAACGAACUGAGACUCGGGUCUGAAUAGACACAGGGAAAUGCUGCGAGGAGAUCGAUAGGGUGCACAUACUGUUCCUAUCCGUGAGAUUUGUAGACACGUAUGAAAGAGCAAUGUUUAACAGCUAAAGGUGAGGAAGCCAGGUGGUGACGAUGAGCAGGUUUGUGCUGACACCACACUGAAAACACACGCAUUACUUUUUUUUUUUUUUUUUAAUCAGGCUCAAAGAUUUUAUUUUUUAACUUGCAAUAAAGUAAAUCUUCACGAUCUUGGUUUUAUUGUGCUGUUACCUGCGGUGAUCUCGCAGAAUCGCGUUCGCUUUUAAACUGUUCGUGUGUUGGGUUUGUUGUUGUCAGUCCGCUGUAGGCAGUCGCAGCAGUACAAUAUAUAUUUAUUCUGAGAACAGAUCGUUUUGAUGAAAACCUGAUCUGUUUGAAUUAGUACUGGGCCAUGCGUUUAGUUAUUUACAUUCUUGGCAGGCUCAAUUAAUCUAAAAUCGGAAACGUAGUCCUCUGAAUUAAAAUCUCCAAUCACACGUCUCUUAGUAAUAGUAGCGCACCCAGGCAACCUCUGCCAGUUCUGCUUGGAUUUCGUGUUGUUGUCGAUCGGGUUUCCCAAUGGUUGGGUUCGGUGCUAACCGGAGGGGAGGUCGCCUGCCUUCCUUCAUCCUCGUCGCCCUCCUCGUGGUCAUCGGCAUCCUGUCGUUUAAUUACUGGAGCCUGCUGAACAGACACUCCCGGGUUCAAGAGGAGCUGGCCGAGGUGCAGGUGCAGGUGACGCGCACGGAGACGGCCCGGGGCCGGCUGGAGAAGCGCAACUCGGAGCUCAUGGUGCAGGUGGACACGCAUAAGAAGCAACUCGACCAGAAAGAAGGCGAUUACCUUUCCCUGGAGGGAAAGCUGCAGGCCAAAGAUGCCCUGAUCAGGAAAUGCACGGAUGACAAGAUGAAGCUACUGAACGAUGCUUCUGAGCAGCAGGCUGAAACUCGUCAUUUCCAAGAGCAGCUGACUGAACUGCGUCAGGAGUUUGUAAAACAGGAGGCUCAGAUCAAUGAGUACAAGAGGAAUAGCUCCUCCCUGGAGAAGAAGGUGGCGUACGAGAGUCUACAGUGUAGCCAGCAAAUAGCACAGCUAAAAGAGCAGUACGAGGAGAGCAUGAAGAAACUCACCCAGGAAGUUGCUGAGCUGAAACAGCUGAAAUUCAUUGAAAGUGUUGUAAAAGAAGAUAAAUCUGCAGUUAACAAUGCUGGCGAUGUGAAGCCUGCAGGAAAGGAAACAGACUUGGAAAAACAAGACAGCACCCAGAAACUGGACAGUAAGGAAGGAAAAGAUGGUGAUUUGGUGAAACCCGGGGGAGAUGCUGGCAUGCCAGGGAUAGAGGACACAGAAGUUGGGAAAGUUGAGGAUACACUUUUCAACCUGAAGAAGCCUGCUGUUACACUCAUUAAAAAGGACAGCGACACCCUCUUGACAGCAGUCAGAUCGCUGGGGGGGGUUCGGAAGAUCCCUCUCGCACUCGCUCAGGAAGACAACCCAGCUGAGCAGCUCGAACCAAACCAGGUGCAUCUCGAUGCAGGUAGAGCCAACCUGCUACACUUGCAGAACCCCAUCCCUGGGAACGAGGAGCUGGGAGAGCAACCCAAACAACUGGAAGCACCUGACAAUAAUAUGAUUCCUGAGCAGCAGCUUCCCAAGAACAUCGCCCCACAGCUGCCACUGGACCAAGCCCAGGUGCUGCCCAACCCCAUUGAACACGUCAGACAGCCUGCUGCAGGAGAGCUGCACAAGCACAGGCAAAGCCGGUUCUUUGACGAGAACGAGUCCCCUGUAGACCCGCAGCAUGGCUCUAAGCUUGCAGAUUAUAAUGGGGAUGAUGGUAACGUGGGUGAGUAUGAGGCUGACAAGCAGGCUGAGCUGGCUUACAAUGAGGAAGAGGAUGGUGAUGGUGGGGAAGAAGACGUCCAAGAUGAUGAUGAAAGAGACGCUCAGGGGGACAAUCCUAUGGAAUAUGGAAAACGACACCCAGCGAAUGACAUCUUAUAAACCUGGGACUGGAAAAUUACUUGCAAGAAAGAAAGAGAAGAACAAAAAAUGUGAUCCUUACCUGGCCUUUUAUUUCACUGGUGCUUUAGGUCUCAACUUUAGGAGAAUGUGAGUUCAUGAAUUUGCUUCGAAAUGGAACAGUGGCAGCGUAGAUUCCCUUUUUCUUUUUUAAAGGUCAGUAUAGGCUGUACUGUAGGUGGUGGUCAAUGAAGACAUUGUGUAGGACCUGAUAUUUCCUCUGUAUAUUCUUGAAUAUUUUGUACUUUGUUGGGUUUAUGAUUAAAAGUAUAGAAUAUACAUUUUAAAUGUAAAUUAUUUCUGAUUUGAGAUGUUUUCUUUAACAAAAUCAACAGGAAAAAAAACAACCGAAUAUAGUAAGAAUGUAUCCAAUUUGUGUUCAUGCGAGUCUGUUUUUGUAAAAACUAAAUUGUAGAAUUAUUUGUAAUGCUUAAUUUUUACAGGACAUUUUUCUGCGUUUUGUCUGUCGGUUUGCUGGUUAAGGAACCUGUAUUGUUCUCUUAGAUUAAUGGGCUGUUUCUAAGAGUAUGCUUGUGCACUAUCUUCACAAAGUGGAGGGGAAAGAUGGAACCUGGCAUUUGGAUCUUAUCCAGCAGUGGCUCUGUUUUUAACGCUGGUGUAGACAUACAGGAGAGAUGUCCAAAGGUCAAGAGGAGUAUGGCUUUAUUGUGCUUUUCUUUUUCUUUAUCAUGCCACGGUAUCCAUUUCAACACGCUUACUGAACAGAGCAAGAAAAUUAACAUGUUUUCUCGAACUGCAAGAAGAAAAAAAUAAAUAAAUUCUCAAACCGGACAUUUCUCAGAACGCUUCCUUUUGCCCAUAUCAGAGUUGUUCCGCAGCUCCGCUCACACAUGGUGCUUUUACCCAUGAAGAGCACAUCUGAACACAGACAGCAAGGAACUCUAUAUACACGGCUGAAGGCUGAGUCCAAGUCUGAGGUCCGUUUCCUUUUUGAGCCAACAUGUUUUGUCUGGACGUUUUGGGCCGUGGUCGUGGUGCGCAUUUUUCCUGAGCAAGGAUGCUAUAGCAUGCGAUGAUAUGAAUCUGUAAAUCCAUCUGCUAGGUGAGCUCUUACAAAUACAGCAAUAUUAGUAAAUUAGAAUUAGAAAUUCUAAUGUGAACCCCGCACCUCACACCUCCGACACCAGUGUUGAGUUUAAUAACGACGUGGGCCAGAGAAGGGCAGGAAUCUCUUGCUUUUACGUACCAAGGCAGAUUUUGGGUGUGGAAAUAAUGUUCGUUUGUGAUGUAAAUAGAGGCGGGAAGGUGUUCAGUUUAAGAUUUUUAGAUAAUUAAUAAUUGUUUUCUCUUUGUAGGAUUAGGCAAUGGAUUUGAGUGGGGGAUGUCAAAAAGGGAAAGGGAUUACAGUGUAAACCAUUCAUAUUUUAACAAGAUCAACCUAUUGAUUUGAUUUUUUGUUAAAAAAAAAAAAAAGUUAAAACUGUCUCAAACAGUGUACCAGUGUAUUAAACCAUCAUAAAGUACAAUAAAAAAAAAAAUGACUGUAGUAACCAUUCUUCAAAGCUUACCGUAAACAAUAUCCUUAGCCGUCUCGGAAAAUGGAUGUGCAUGCUUCUGAAUUGUGUUACCAAUAUGCGGUUUACACACAAGACUGACCAGAUCACUGCGACAGGAACUACAGCACAGUAAUGGGAGGUGUAGGGGUCUGUUUCUGUAUGGCAGUUAACCUAGAAAGCUAAAUGUCACUUGUAAAUCUGUGCAAAGGUCAGGGGAGUUCCAGGUAUGACUGUUUAAAAUUCCAGGUUUUAUACAUUAUGUGUCGUGAUGUAUAGUUAUUUAAGCCAUGGAAACAAUCCCAGCUCCCAGGUCGAGAAGCCAGAGAGCAACAUUGAUUCGUGUGCUGAGAUGUGGGUUUUAAAUACUGCAAUGCUAGAGUGACCUGCAAAGUGUCUUUUCUAGGGGUUGACUGGGAAGGAAAGUCCAUGUAAGAAAUGGCAUGCACCUUAAUAUUUGAUCUUACCUGGGAUUCCAUGUGAAAGCAUAUUUUAUUCCAUUUAGAAGGAAACUCGCCCACAGUAUACAGUGCACUGUUUUUAACUUGUCAAACUCGGAUUAGAGAUUGCAUUUGCGAUAUGAGCGAGAAAGCCAUCUAUUGUAAGGGAUCAUUGUAGAGAGCUGGCUGCUGCACAUGGAUUUGCACAGGCUGUCGCGUUGUCUUGUUCUCAGAUAUAUCUAUAGCUUUCCCAGACAUAUAGAAGUAUUUUAGGACUGAUUUGAAGCUGUCCCAACAUUACUGGCACUGUAAGGAUACUGCAUGAAUUCGUUGUUGAUGUUCCUGUGCUGUUUACAAGAUUUUUUUGAAUAAAGAUGAUUUUUUUUUCCCCCCUGAA